AAACAAUACAAAAUUUAAUAAAAACAUCGUUUGUACAUUUUACAUAAUUCUUUCUUGUUUUCCUUUUUUUUGUUUACCAAUUUUUUUCUAUGGACCUUUUGCCAAAAAUGUCGGGCAAGAUCGAUAAUAGCGAUAGCGUCGAGAGCAGCAUGCGUUCUCAACGGAGUCAAGUCACGCACAGCGGGUUUCUUAACUUUUUAACCGAAUUCCGGGAACUGCGCCCCGAUCUGUGGGGCAAAGAAGCGAUCUCUUUUGCCGUCAAUAUAUGGCACACGCUCCAGCCACCCGAGCGAAACGUUUUCACCGCGCAGGGCGCGUGCAGAUAUCAGCAAAUUGCCCACUGGAUAUUUAGGGCCAAUUGUUCGCUGGCCAAUCGCAACGAUGACUCUUAAAAGUUGAUAGCUAUACGACAAUUCUGAAGUACGAUGCAUAUUAAAAAGCUAUUCAUGGAUCAAACGCCAUAAUUGUAAUAUUUUUAUAUAGUUUGAAAUGAAGCAAAAUAUAGGCAUCUAUUUGAAGCCGACUAUC